AUGGUCAAGGUUUAUUCAUAUUCCAACAAUGAUGAGAUAGCUCAAUCAUUGGCAAAGUUUAUAGUUUCACAACAGGAUUCGGUUCUUGCAACCAAGGAGAAAUUCAACAUUGCUAUUAGCGGUGGUUCACUAAUAGGUAUUUUAGGGAAAGGCUUACUGAACAACAAAGAUAUCAAAUGGGAUAAGUGGGUAAUCUAUUUCAGUGAUGAGAGAAUUGUACCAUUGAGUGACAACGAUUCCAAUUUUGGUGCUUUUGAAAAGGAGGUUUUGGAGAAACUCGCCCAUGCAGGGAAAGUUGGGCCAACGGUUGUUACAAUCAACGAAAAUUUAAUUCAUCCGGAUGAUCACACUACGGAUGGUGAGAUUGCCCAGACAUAUGCAUCUGAGUUGCCUGAAUCCGGACUGGAUUUGGUCUUGCUAGGCUGUGGACCAGACGGCCACACAUGUUCUUUGUUCCCAGGCCACAAGUUGUUGGAGGAGAACGAGCUUGAUGUUGCUGCGCUUCAUGAUUCUCCAAAGCCACCACCAAGGAGAAUCACAUUGACAUUCAAGUAUCUUGCUAAAUGUACUACACUAGCUUUUGUUGCCACUGGUGCAAGCAAGCAGGAAGCUCUAAAAGAGAUUUUUGGAAACGAAAACAGCCAACUACCCUGUGCUAUUACCAACAGGUUGGUUUCAAAAGUUAAGGGGGGUAUCUGUUGGUUUGUAGAUGAUGAUGCCAUUGAAGGCGUCGACGUCCAAACCCUCAAGUACUGA